CGAAUGUAUCGUCGAGUUGUCAUCUGUCACACUUGUUACGAAAUGAAUUAUCGAAUGCACUUAACAACAAUAUACUUAACAAACAAAAUUAAAGUUGUAGGAGGCGUUUGUUUUUAACGCAAUUAAAAGUAGAAACAUGUAAUUCUACUCUACAUGACACAUAUUUUUAGUUACUCUCUUCUAGAAUAUUAAGAUACCUAUUGAUUUGAACCAAAAUACUUUCAAAACGAAGGAAGAUGCAACGAACAAAUUUACCAAUUGUACCCAUGCAAUUAGACUCGUCUAUUGCGAUAAAAAUAAGCAUGGGUGGAUCAAUGUUCCAAGAACGAACGCUAAUGGGUCGAGCCGAUGUAUGGCACAAAAUUAAAAUCUUGAGAGGAACACUAUAUGACAAAGAAACUGCUUUGAAAGCUAUUUUGAAUGCCAUUGACCCAGCAGAAUUAGUACCUGUAAAAUAUCAAGCCUUUGGAGAGGACACCUUUUUCCUAGCACGAAAUUGUGCCCAUGCUCUUGACAAACUAUGUAAAACUAAUUUAAUAAUCAAAUAUCCUGGUGGAGAUUCGCUUAUACUAAUAGUAACUUUGGGAUAUGCAUCCAUCUAUGAACUUAAAAUCAAUCUUCAACCAGUGCUUUUGGCAGCAUUGACCAAGAGAUACGAUCCUAAUACAAAGAGUCUAUGUUUAGAACAAUUCCAUAAAGAUCCCGACAUGUCAAAAAUUCUUUUUUGUCCACUGUCUCAACAGAGAUCUUUCAAUCAUGUUCUCAAGCUAACCAAGACUGCCAUUGCUACUAUUCAAUAUUUGAAUUUACAAAAAAAUGAACUGCUUAGCAUAUCUCCUUUAGAAACGUCUAACUUGACUUCUAUAAAGUACCUUGAUCUAAGGUAUAAUAAUUUACUCUGUAUGGAAUCGCUUGCUCCUUUGAAAAACCUAAAUAUAUUAAAACUAUGGUUAGAUGGGAAUCCCCUCUGUGAAAAUUAUUCAAAUUCAAAACAGUACAUAAAAUCUGUGAAGAAGUAUUGUCCUAAUUUAAUUCAACUGGAUGGAGUUUAUCUGAAUACAUUAGAUCUACCACUGAUUUAUACUAAGUACAUAAAAAAUGAUGAAAGAGAAGAAUUUGUCGAAAAAUUCACUUCUCACUUUUUCAACCUGUACGAUCAGAAGGAUAGAACAGUUCUUAAAGGAUUAUAUCAUAAAAAUGCAUUCUACUCUAUGAGCUGUGGUAUUCCUCCAGCAUUGGCUCAUAAAAGAAACCUCAAUCAAUAUACUGCAAGUAGAAAUUUAUUAAAACAUGGGGACAUUACGAAAAAACGACAACAUCUUUAUUAUGGACUGGACAAUAUAUUGUUGGGGUUGAAAAAAUUGCCACGAACUUAUCACGACCGACAGUCGUUUAUAUGCGAUGUAAUGUAUGAUGAUGGAAUAUGUUUUACUCUUUCGGUCAGUGGUUUAUUUAAAACUCUUAAUAACUCGUCACAAGUUUUGACAUUCAAUAGAACAUUUGUUUUAUUGGCUACUGAUGAUCAUGAGUACAAUAUAUUGAAUGAUCAAUAUUAUGUGGAUUCAACCACAGUGGAAAUUGCACCCAGCCGUAUAGGAAGAAAGAUUUCAUUCGAAGAAAUGGUACCAUCGUAUUUCAACACAUCAGAGAAGAAGGAAAUAUUAAAUAAGUUCAUAGAAAUAACUACAUUGAACAAUGAAUGGUGUCACACAUAUUUGGAGGAAGCCAAGUGGAACAUAAGAAUAGCAAUUUCAAACUUCAUGAAAGAUUACAAGUCUUCGGCUAUACCAGCCGAAGCAUUUGUAAGAUAGUAUUAUAUUUUUUUAUACAUAUACUAAAGCAUAUAGUUAGUGAAAAUGAUACAAUGAUUUUCCCACACCCUGUUAAAUACAACAGUCAAUACUAGUUAA